AUCCCAGGGUCGAGAGGGUGUUCGGUGUUGCCACCCCGGGCGGGGAGAAGAUGAACGGGACCCGGAACUGGUGUACCCUGGUGGACGUAAACCCAGAGAACCGGACCGCGGGCAGCGUGGACAUUCUCAGGCUGACUCUCCAGAGUGAACUGACAGGAGAUGAACUUGAACAGAUAGCCCAGAAGGCAGGCAGGAAGACCUAUGCCAUGGUAUCUGGCCAUUCAACUGGUCAUGCUCUGGCCUCAGAACUGGUGGAAUCCAAUGAUGGACAUGAGGAGAUCAUUAAGGUGUACUUGAAGGGGAGGUCUGGAGACAAGAUGAUCCAUGAGAAGAAUAUUAACCAGCUGAAGAGUGAGGUCCAGUACAUCCAGGAGGCCAGGAACUGCCUGCAGAAGCUCCGUGAGGAUAUAAGUAGCAAGCUUGACAGGGAUCCAGGAGAUUCUCUCCAUCGAAAGGAGAUACAGGUGGUGCUAGAAAAGCCAAAUGGCUUUUGUCAGAGUCCCACAACCCUGUACAGUAGCCCACCUGAGGUGGACACCUAUAUAAAUGAAAGUGUCGAGAGCUUGAGGAAGACUGUGCAGGACUUGCUUGCCAAGUUGCAGGAGGCUGAGCGACAACACCAGUCAGACCGUGUGGCCUUUGAGGUCACACUCACCCAGUACCAGAGAGAAGCAGAACAAAGUAAUGUUGCCCUUCAAAGAGAGGAGGAGAGAGUGGAGCAGAAAGAGGCAGAAGUCAGAGAGCUGCAGCGGCGCUUGCUGGGGAUGGAGACGGAGCAUCAGGCCUUACUGACAAAAGUCAGGGAAGGGGAAUUGGCCUUAGAGGAACUUCGGAGCAAGAACACUGACUGCCAAGCACAACAAGAAAAGACUGCUACCCUAGAAAAGGAAGUGGCUGGGUUGCGGGAGAAGAUCCACCACUUGGAUGACAUGCUCAAGAGCCAGCAGCGGAAAGUCCGACAAAUGAUAGAGCAGCUCCAGAAUUCAAAAGCUGUGAUCCAGUCAAAGGAUGCCACCAUCCAGGAGCUCAAGGAGAAAGUUGCCUAUCUGGAGGCAGAGAAUUUAGAGAUGCACGACCGGAUGGAACACCUAAUAGAAAAACAAAUCAGUCAUGCCAAUUUCAGCACCCAGACCCGGGCCAAGACAGAGAACCUGGGCAGCAUUAGGAUAUCCAAGCCCCCCAGCCCUAAGCCCAUGCCUCUCAUCCGAGUGGUGGAAACAUGAGCUGCGAGGAGAUGGAUGCUGCCAUUGCCGCUGCCUGUCACCUGUGGAGAAGCCCACCACCCCAGUAGGCUGCUAGCACUGACUUUGACUUCUUGACUAUUCCCUGGCUGCACCUAGCGUUUGGGGCUCAUGUGUCCUGCUGUUCCCUCCUGUCCUCUGUGUGUUGGACAGAUGGAGCACAAGCACCUCCUCUGGAUGCUGCAGUCCUUUGGAAGAUGCUAUCCUGCCAGCAGGGGCUAGGGCAGUACCCUUAUUCCUAUAGUUACUAUUUUUCUCUGUAGCAGUGCAUCCCUUCUGUUAUAGACUGGAGUUCAGCUGCCCCAGGAGCCAGGCUUGGGAGAGGUGGCAAGUUUGCCUAAGCCUUAGAAGCUGGAGGCACAGAUGUCCAGGGUGAUUGAAGCAUGUCCUGGGGUAAUGAAAUUCCUUCCACAAACACAGCUCAGUUCUUUAGCAACAAACUGUUUGUUUUUCUACUUGCUCCACCGUCAGCCCAUGCCGACCUGGGCCACCUACACACAGACAGUGGCGCGACCUGUCCAGGCCUGGUCAGAGUCAGUGAAACUCAGCUUUGUCUGGGAAAUCUUGUCUUUUGGGUAGAAGGGAAUGUACAUUCAGGGAGUAGCUUUUAGCAGAAAGAUUCUCUAGGUCCAUAGACAGUUAUGUGUGACUUCUGUCUGCUGUGAAAUCUCCCGUAAUCUCUUAGGGUUUUCCCCUAAGGUGCACCACAAGGCACACUUCAGUUUUCUUGACCCAGAACAUAAAAAUGAUGUUUUCACUGGGUUACAUCAGUCCCAGCAAAACUUUCACUAUUUAUUUUGCUAACUUAUUGGUGUUUUUACUUAUAUCUCAUAAUCGAUUUAAUACCAAAGUGCUACAGCCUUCUCUUAUGGUGUUUGGAUUUACUUGAAAUUGGGAACAGUGUUCUCUUUGGACUUGUUGAUUUCAGAAUGACAUUGUUAUGAAUACUUCUUUCCCUUUUCUCUGCCUGGUUCUUUUCCCUUCCUUCUCCAAACUUGAUCUGUACUUCAGGAAGGCAGGUAUACUUCCCUUGAGGCACUGGGGUCUGAGUGUAUAUUGUUUGGGGCAAGAGGGUGAUCAGAAAUCUUGGGGUUGGGGAUGAGUUCUUCCCCUAACCCCUCUUAACUCCUGUGCUCCGUAAUUCAUCUUUUUUUCCUGAAUGACCCCACAGCUCAUCUUGUUUUCUUUAGGGCUCUUCCUGCAGCCUCAAGAAGUAGAUAAGCAUCAGAAUGUGGUACUAUAGAAAAUAGAAAACUUAAAACUAAAUGUGGAUGAAGUCUUUAGGCUCUACUUGGCUCACAACCAGAAGCCUUAAGUUUGUGUGUUUCUGUGUGUCAGAACUGGGCUCACGUUCUGGCUUUGUCCAUGAUGGUGUUCUGGGACUUGAGGCAGUUCUCUCAUUUGUAAAAUGAGGGGAUCAGACCAGAUCAUCUCCAUGUCCCUUCCAGUUCUGAUAUUUUUUUCUGUGGCAUAUUCUUUGUAUGGUGAAUUUAAUAAAUUAUGUGAAUGUGUCUCUGA